AUGGAAGAUUUAAUGAAAUCUUGUUUUAAUCGCGAAAUUGAAGAUAAUAUAUUUGCUGAUGUAUAUGAAGAAAGGAUUUGGAAGACAUUUACUGAUUCUAAUAAUCAUAAUAUAUUGAAUUUAAUAUGCCAUAUACGAUUUUAUGAAGAAAAUACUUUUGUUAUUGGAAUAAUACCUGGUCCUCAUGAGCCAGAUGCUGGACAAGUUAUAAAAUCACCUAACUAUCUAAUUGGUAGAAUUUAUUGUGCAGCUUUAAUUAUGAUUUCGUGUGAUGCUUCUAUAAUCGGAGGAUUUUCAAGUCAUUCUUCUAAAAGGGAUUGCUAUAAAUGUGAUUAUACUUUUUCUAUGAUUCAAAAUAAUAAUACAGGUCAUUGGAAACCAAAUUUUGGUAACUUUAAUACUGAUCUUCCACAACGUUUAAGAGAAAAGCAUUGA